CAUUUUGACCAAAACAAAGUAAAUAAGCAUUCUACUUUUUCUAUGUAAAGGCUGGGGAAUUUGCAUUGCGUUUUCCUUAUCUACAGUCUUUGUUUCGGAGUCUUUUCCGUCAACUCAAAAUUCUCAAACCCAUAAUUAGUUUCAUCCAUCUUCAUAUUUAUUAUGUCUUGGUUCUGGCUCUCUUGAUCUCUUUGGUUCUAUAAGUGUGUAACUGUGUAUUGCCUUUGGAUUUUCCUUCUUGUUCAUUGCGACACCUUCGGUAAUUCGUGAAGAAAUCUGCUGCUGAUAAAUAUCAUAUACUUAAACUACAGAAACUAUGGGAGAGGCUUAUCUUGUGGCAUUCCUUCAAGUGCUGGUCGACAAGUUGGCGCGUCGUGAGGUGUUCAAGUACUUUGGACUCAUAAAGGGCGUCGACCAAAAGCUGCAGAAAUGGACUGCCACCUUGUCUGCAAUUGGAGCGGUUCUGAAUGAGGCGGAGGAGAGGCAACUAAUCACCGAGAGCAAGCCGCUGAAGCUUUGGCUGGAUGAUCUCAGGGACUUAGCUUAUGACUUGGAAGACGUAUUGGACAAAUAUGCUACUAAAAUGCUCAAACGGGAGGUAGAGCAUUAUACCGCAAGAAGGGUCUGGAACUCAGUUCCUAAUGGUGUUUUCAACUACAAAAUGAACUCAGAAAUACAGAAGAUUACUGAGCGUUUACAAGGGAUAUCUCAGCGAAAAGACCAGCUUAGUUUGAAUAUCAUUACUGGGACGACGUCGUCCAGUAAGGCACGUCAAAAUUUACCUCCCAGUACAUGUCAACCAGAUGGACCUGUGAUUGGAAGGGAGGAAGACAAAAGGCAGGUCGUGGAAUUUCUGUCGAAACAAGAGCGCAAUGCCGUCAAUUUCGAUGUAGUUGCCAUUGUUGGUAUGGCUGGAGUCGGAAAGACAACACUUGCUGCACAAGUGUUCAAUGAAAUUGAUGCAACCGAGCAAUUUAAACCAACUGCUUGGGUAUGCGUGUCUGAUGACUUCAACCUAGAAAGAGUGACAAAGCAGAUUCUCGGAGCAGUCACAUCCGGACAGUGUCCUACAGAAGAUUUCAAUCAGGUUCAACAACAUCUGCAUAAGGAAUUGGCAGGGAAGAAGUUUUUAAUUGUUUUAGAUGAUGUUUGGGGCACCUGUAGCUAUGGUCUAUGGAUGAAACUGCAGUCCCCCUUUCGCGAUGGAGCAGCAGGAAGCAAGAUAAUUGUGACAACGCGUGAUGCAGAAGUUUCGAAAAUGAUGGGAGCUGGCACUCUAGUUCACAAUUUGGAGCCUAUGUCAAAUGACGUUUGUUUUGAAGUAUUUGAGCAGCAUGCAUUCAGGAAUGUUAACAGAGAUAUACCACCAAAUUUCGAGUCACUCAAGGAGAAAAUUGUUGCAAGAUGCAGUGGAUUGCCUUUGGCUGCUAGGACUCUUGGCGGCCUUUUACUUAGUAAAAAGAUGAAUGAAUGGGAGGAAAUAUUGAACAACAAAUUAUGGAGUCUAUCAAAUGAGUGUGACAUACUUCCGGUAUUAAGACUAAGCUAUCACUAUCUUCCUUCACAUUUGAAAAGAUGCUUUGCCUAUUGUUCGAUAUUUCCAAAUGACUAUGAAUUUUGUGAGCAGCAAUUGAUUCUUCUGUGGAUGGCAGAGGGUUUGAUUCAACCACAACCAGAACAUAAUAAGCAAAUGGAAGAUUUAGGAACUGACUAUUUUCAGGAUCUCUUAUCGAGGUCAUUAUUUCAGAAAUCAAGCAAAAACAAUUCAAAGUAUGUAAUGCAUGACCUCAUUGUUGGUUUGGCACAGUGGGCAGCAGGAGAUAUUUGUUUUAGAUUGGAGGAUAAGCAGAAUAGCGAUCAUGUACAACUUGGAUGUUUUACGAAGGCCCGCCAUGCGUCCUACAUUUCUGGUUGCUAUGAUGUGGUUAAAAGAUUUGAGGCAUUUUCUGAAGUGAAACAUUUCCGAACUUUUCUACCACUUUCAAUUUCAGAGUAUUAUGAAUCGAGGUUUCUGAGUCGUAAGGUUACUUUUGAUUUAUUGCCAAAAUUGCAAUACUUGCGGGUGCUUUCUCUCAAUGGCUAUCAAGUGACUGAGCUGCCAAAUUCAAUUGGUAAAUUGAAGUAUCUGCGGCAUCUUGAUCUUUCUUACACACACAUAACAAGUUUGCCUGAAUCAACAACCACUCUUUUCAACUUACAGACACUGAUAUUGAAAGGUUGUCGUUAUUUGAAGGCACUACCCAUAAACUUGAGGAAUCUAGUGAAUCUGCGUCAUCUCAAUAACUCAGAUGUAUAUUCACUGAAAGCAAUGCCUCCGCAACUAGGUCGGUUGACAAAUCUACAAUCUUUGCCUAAAUUUGUGGUGGGUAAAGGUAGUGAUGAAUCAGGGAUAAGAGAGAUAGGAUCCCUGUCCCAUCUCCGAAGGACAUUAUCGCUCUCAAGGUUGGAGAAUGUGAUCGAUGCUGAGGAUGCACGGAAGGCCGGCUUAAAAUCCAAGGAGAGAGUAGAUGAAUUGGUGCUAGAAUGGACGGAUAACACACAAGAAACGCAAUUAGGCGUGCUUGACAGAUUAGAACCUCAUAGAAAGCUUGAAAAACUCAUCAUCAGGGGUUAUGCUGGAUUAGAAUUUUCAACAUGGAUUGGAGAUCGUUUAUUCUCCACUAUGGUGCAUGUACGCUUAGACAAAUGUAAAAAUUGUCAAAUCUUGCCACCACUUGGGCAACUGCCUUUGCUCAAAGAACUUUAUAUUACAGGAAUGGCGGCAGUGAAAAGUGUCGGUCCUGAGUUUUAUGGAGAGAGUAGCUUGCCUUUUCCAGUACUGGAGACUCUUGAGUUUUCAGAUAUGCACAACUGGAAGAAAUGGCUUCCUUUUGUGGGGGAUCGGGGAAUUGGUGUUUUCCCUUGCUUGAAAUUGCUCUCAAUCACAAAUUGUCCUCAAUUGGAGGGUAAGGUGCCCGAGAACUUUGAUUCAUUAGAAACACUUAAAAUUAUUAAAUGCGAGGAAUUGGUGAUUUCAAUUUCCAACUAUAAACAAAUUGGUCGAUUAUGGAUAGAUGGCUGCAAAGCGGUGGUGGAGACAAGUGGCGUUGAGUUUGAGUUAUUAAAUUCCCUGGGGCUUUCAAAUAUUUCAGAGGUGAGGUUCCAAACAGGGGAAUUCGCCAAAGGAUUAAGGAAGGUUGCAUAUUUGAGGAUUGGCGGAUGUGAGGAGCUGACAUCUUCACUGAAGAAUGAGGAUAGAGUAUUGCAACACUUGAUUUCUCUUGAUCGUUUGGUUAUUUCAGGCAACUCUUCCCUCCUUGAAAAGCUGGGAAAAGAAGCAGAGGAGUUGCUGCAAUUGCAAAUAUUGACUUCCAAGCUUAAAUAUCUAGAAUUAUACAAGUGUGCAAGUCUUUCGAAGGUACCAGAAGGGUUGCAUCACCUAACGGCUCUUCAAGACCUUCAAAUAAUUGGAUGCUCAAGUCUGGUUUCUUUUCCAGAUGUUGGUCUGCCUCCUUCCCUUGAAGUCAUAAGGAUUUGGGAGUGUGAUUCGUUGCUGUAUUUUGCAAAAUGCCAGAUUCCCCCAAAUCUAAGAAGAAUAGAGAUACAGCGGUGUAAAAGUUUGAAAUCAUUAGUAGAGAAAGAGGAGGAUAGUUCUUCGUCUUCCUCUUCUUCUCAUAUUUCUCUUGAGCACUUGGAAAUAUGGACAUGUGAAUCUCUAAAGUCGUUAUCAUUGAGAGCCCAGUUGUUUCCCAAGGCGCUUAAAAGCCUUCACAUAUACGAUUGUGGAGAGCUGCAGUUAAUAACAUCCGAUGGGUUCUCCCACGACAACACUAAUUAUUGUCUUGAAUAUAUUACGAUCUGGAGUUGCCGAAAUUUCAAAUCGUUACCGGAGGGCCUAUGCUACCUCACCAACCUUCAAACUUUAGAGAUUUAUCGUUGUGGGAGUCUGGUUUCCAUCCCGAGCCUGAGUGGUGAGGGUUUGCCUUCGCCAACAACAACAGCGGCCUCCAGCCUGAAAGAAAUCUACAUCGAAAAUUGCAACAAAUUGGAGAUGUUACCGGACAUGUGCAAUCUCAACUGUCUUCAGGAAUUGAAUAUUGAUUACGGUGAAGGUUUAAAUUUCACUUCCUUUCCCCCCAACCUAACAUCACUUACAAUCCGCAGAAUCAAGAAUUGUAAGCCGCUGUGGGAGUUGUUGCACAGGCUCACCUCUCUUACGAAGUUGUGGGUCGGUGGCGAAGACCCAAGUGUGGUGUCAUUUCCACCCGACAGUUACAGGGAGAUGCUGCUCCCCGAAUCUCUCACUAAUCUCUCCAUUGUGGGCUUCCCAAAUCUGAAGAAACUGAGCAGCAAGGGCUUUCAAUUCCUCACCUCUCUUCAAUCUCUUCAACUCUGUGAUUUUCCAAAGCUGGCAUCUAUUCCAGUGGAGGGGUUGCCUAUUUCACUGAGGGAACUUAAAAUCAUUAGGUGUCCUCUGCUAAAAGAUAAAUGCCAGCCUGGAAGUAAAGGACGAUACCUGCCCAAAAUAUCCCACAUCCCCCGCAUAGAGAUAUGGGAUUAGAAGACGGUUUGAAGAUGAUGAGAACCCACGCCCACACCCACACAUGGACAUGGUCAACUCCGACUCUCACUCUCCCAGGUACUUCAAAUUUCAAACAUUAUCAACACUUUCCCUGUACUCUUUAUGGUGAGACUCCUUUUCUGUCUUAUUAUUUUGGUGUUUCAGAAGUUGGUUUCUCAUCCAUAAGAAUAAAUACAUGAAGUGCAUUUAAGCCAGAUUAGAUCAAAAAAUUCACAUCACUUCAAGAUGACAGUCUCCCAUCCUGACUGGGGAUUUCCCAACCUCCCAUUCUGAAUUGGCAGGAACGCUUUCAAUAUUCAGAUGCUAUAUACAGCUUACGGAAGCAGAUGUCGUGUUAUGCCAGAAUAGUCAUCAAACUCCCAUCCCUUCAAGCUUCUCAAGAAACCGCUGCAGGGGAAUAGUAAACUCGUAUGGCUCAUGCUCUUUUUCUCUCCGGAUGUUACAAAGGAUAAUCUAUUCUAAAUUUAUAUAAUCAAUGGGGAGGGGAAAUUGAACUUUGGCGCAAUGAGGCAAGCUCAUUGCCCUGGCCUAACCCGCCUCUUACACAAGCAAUGAGAUAUUACAUAUUCAUAUACAGAAUUCUUAUUCCAUCCUCAAUCAAAUAAGAUAUGCCCCCUUGGUUAGGCACUGAAUUGUUGAUGACCAAUUUGGUUGUGCAUCUUCAUUGUUUGUUGUC